AUGGAGAGCCAGAACAAGGCCAGUCUUCCUGUAAUGCAUGGGGAUGAGAGCAGGAUAGCAAAUCGAAGAGGAGCAAGGACAAGUGACUUGCUUCUAAGACUUUUAGCCUUGGUGCUAACUCUGGCUGCUGCUAUAGUUCUUGGGGUAAAUAAGCAGACCAAGCUUGUUCCCAUUAAGAUUGUGGAUACCCUACCUACUGUAAACGUUCCUGCUUAUGCAAAGUGGCGUUACUUGUCUGCCUUUGUUAAUGGAGCUGCCUUGGCCAUUGGUCUUAUGGGGUACCAAGGGAAUUCACAUGUGAGGUGGAAUAAAGUGUGUGAUGUGUUUUCGAAAUUUUGCAACCAGGCUGCUGUUUCUCUUGCCCUUUCUCUCCUUGCUUCAAUUGUGUUUCUCUUCCUCGUCGCUAUUGCUUCUUUGCGGCUUCAGAAGAAAUCAAAGUGA